AUGGCUCAAAAAAACAGUAUUUUCAAAACAUAUCAUUCAUACAACUAUCGUUAUCAUCAUCCCACACAUCGACGUCCUUCCGUAACGUCUUUGUCACCAUCGUCUUGUCAUUCGAAAUCAUCUCAUUAUUUACCUCAUCAUUUGUCAGCACGUUCCUCUCAUCGUUCCCGUCAUUCAUCUCAUCUACAUUCGCCACAAAAGCCUUUUAGACCACCACCAAAUGUAUCUUCAUUAGAAAAUCAACCGUAUUAUCAUGUAAUCGAUAAGUAUUCAGAUAAAGAUUUGGGACUGGAAUAUUUAUGGGAUAAAACUGUAUUUGUUAGCAAUAUUCCUGCUGAUGUAGGUUAUACAAUAAUACGACGUCUGUUUGCUGAAAAAGUUGGUCGAGUUAUUUCAAUGGAAAUUUAUAGAAAAAAUGGUCGAUCACUCCAUUGUGGAACAGUUGAAUUGCGUAGUGUUGAAUAUGCUAAAGAGGCAGUCAGAAGAUUAGAUGAGUAUGAGUAUCAUGGGAAAAAAUUAUCAGUUAAAAUGGAUACUGAUGGUUUUCGUACUCGUCGUGUAAAAUAUUAUUGUGUAAAAGAUAGCUUAAGAUUACAAUCGGAAUACAAACGCGAACAUGCAACAACUGCUUCAACAUCUACAUGCCCUGUGUCCUUUGGUUCUUCUUCAAUAACAAGCAUACCGACUGCACAUGAACUAAAGGGUGUUAUUGUUGCAUUGAGUACAGACGAUAAUGGAAAUCAGAAGCGAAUUGUCCAUGAAAAGAAGUAUCGAACUGAAAAGGAUGAUAAACAACAACAGCAACAACAAUUACAGCAUAAAACAAGUACUGACACGUCACCAGCGUCGUUGAUCCACCAACAUGUUCAUAAAAAUGGGCGACCUGUUUCGGAUCGUUCCGACAAUCGACAUCAACAUCGUUACUCGCAUUCUAUUGAUGUGAGUGAACAUCAUUAUCGACAGCAAUCACCUGAAGAAUGUAAUAGGAAAAUAUUCAUUAAGAAUCUUCCCUGUCACUGUUCGGAGAAGAAAUUAUAUGACAUAUAUUCUAUGGCUGGUCGUAUCCAUCGUAUUAAAAUGUUUAAAGAACGCAACGGAGAAUUUCGUGGUCGUGCAACGGUUUUGUUUGAUAAACACCAUCAAGCACAGAAAGCUAUUAGGAUGUUCAACGGCCAAAUGUUAUAUGGAAGAGUAAUGAAUGUUUGUUUUGAUUGGGAUAUACUGCAAGAGCAUUACAAAGCACAGAAAGAGAAAAAAAUUUUUUUAGAACAUCAGCAACAAAAUUAUGUUGAACAAUCAAUACAUUAUGAACAACAACACCAACAUAUACAAGAAAAAUAUUUGUCAUAUGAUCUGAUGUAUGAUACUCAUCCUUCAUCGUCUGUCUACCAUCAUGAUACUGCUCAACCAACCGUUACAUCACAAUAUCAGCAUCAUUAUUCUAGUACACUGUCAAAUGAUCAUUCAUCACUACGUUCUAUCGUCCAAAAUUAUUUUCAUAAUGAUAAAAGUGAUAACACUCAGGGAUCCAUUAAGCAAGAUAAUCAAAAUGAAACAAACCGAGAAAUUCUAUCGCCAUUGUUAAAUAGUGAACAGUAUGAUGAUUUACUGGUUUUACUCGCUUUAUCUCAAUUACCAUCGGAUAUUCUAACGGAUUUAGUAGAAAAAUUACUUCGUCAUAUUGAAGAGAAAGAUAAAUCCGUUGAAGAAGAAAUAAACGUGAAGUCAUCUACGCCAAAUCAGCCAAACCAGCAAUCCAUUAAUAGUAAACAACUAUCAUCGCCACCCCUGCAAGAGAAUGGAAUUCGCUGUGAAGAAACAAUUUUUGUUCAGACUUCAAGUCCAGUUGCUGUUGAAAACACAGCUAAAUAG